CGGUCUGUCUUCUUCCUAUAUCUUGUAUGUAUACAGUAUAUAGUUUUAAUUAUAAUGUACGUUUUUAUAGUAGCUACUGGUAAUGCAUUUCCUGCCUGGGCGCAGUGGACAGAGCAGCUUUAUCUUUGGCACCGAUCAGGAGCCACGUGGGGAUUGUCUUGUCAAUUGCUCUUUUGUCAGCUGCCAGAAUUGUAACAAUUAGAAGGGGGACUGGGGCGUCAAGCCUCCCAGCAACCACCCCCUGAAUCAUUUAAGCAGCUAAGACAAGUCCAUUACGUACCGCAUCCCUUCACCAGAGAGGACGGCAAUGUGCAGUGCUUGGCUUUAAAAAAGAACCUGCCCGGUGUUCCUGGAUAUCUUCUCACUAUGGACAGUGAUGACAGAACUCCCGUCUGCCUGGAUUACUCAAAAAUUGCAGUAGUAACUAGCUUUUUGACAGCUUUCAUAAAGCAGAGGAAACAGCGAAUUGGAGAGAUAAUAAAAACUUCUAAUGAAAGGGUAUGGACUUGUGCUAAAACUAUAGCUUUUUUAAAAAUGGAGCAUUCAAAAUCUGGAACUGGCAGUCAGCCUAGGUCCUCAAGUGAUAUCAACCUUGGACCAUCAGCCAAUCCCAAUGCCAAGCCAACAGACUUUGACUUCUUGAAGAUCAUUGGAAAAGGUAGCUUUGGGAAGGUUAUGCUUGCCAAACGAAAAUGUGAUGGAAAAUUCUAUGCAGUUAAAGUACUACAAAAGAAGGCCAUUUUAAAUAGGAAAGAGGGCCAUGUUGUGUUGACAGAUUUUGGUCUUUGUAAGGAAGGAAUCGAGCCAGAAGGAACAACCUCUACAUUCUGUGGCACUCCAGAAUACUUGGCUCCAGAGGUGUUGAGGAAGCAGCCAUAUGACAGGACUGUGGACUGGUGGUGUUUGGGAACAGUCUUGUAUGAGAUGCUAUAUGGACUGCCACCCUUCUACAGUCACGAUGUUUCAGAAAUGUACGAUAACAUACUGCACCAGCCCUUGAGGCUACCCAUGGGAAAAACAGUUGCAGCCUGCGAUAUCCUUCAGGGCCUUCUGCAAAAAGACCAGAAGAAAAGACUUGGAGCCAAAUCAGAUUUUCUUGAGAUAAAAAAUCACAUGUUCUUUGGCCCAAUAAACUGGGAUGACUUGUACCACAAGAGGAUCACACCUCCCUUCAACCCUAAUGUGGCUGGCCCAGGCGACCUGCGGCAUUUUGAUCCACAGUUCACUCAGGAAGCAGUUCCUAAUUCAGUUGGUCGUACACCAGAUAUGUCAAGCGGGAGUGCAAUCGCUUCUAGUGCAUUUUUGGGAUUUUCAUAUGCACCAAUGGAAGAAGACUAUUUAACAUAAAUGUGGAUGGACUUGUCAGCUUUGGCAAAAGUGAGCACAGAUGAGAAGAAAACUUGAGCACAACUGGAAAUUUUGCCUAAAUGCAGGCAUGCACUCGGAGCCUUAUGUAAGCCAAACUGUGGUCUUAGUGUGGCUAAAAUUUUCUUUACCAAUUAAUUUGAUUUAUAACUUUCGGAUUUGAAGUUAUGAAUAAAAAUGCCAGAAACAUGGUGAAAGGGAGCAUCAUGCAAGAGCUUUAGUUGUUUAAAGGAUUACAAGAGACUUGUCAAGUUUUGUUAAAGAAAAAAAAAAUGUAUUUGCCCAUUUCAUAGCAAAAUAUUGUCCCUUUGCUUUGCCACUGCACAUCCUUUCUAACAGAACUCUGCUAUUACUUUGUGUGGCAUCAGGGACCAAUGUACCAUUUAUGCAACCAUACUGUGUACUUCUUUCUUCCAAAAUUUUAUUUCUUUCCCUAUUACUUUUUUUAAAAUGUUCCAAAACUAAUAAAUAUUUUAAAUAAUAAA